AUGAGCGGCGCCCUACAGAGCCUGUCUUACUUCUUCCGCCUGCCAUUCCACAUCCAAUGGCGCACAUUUCUUGUACACCUCCCCCGAUUUGUUCCGCUAUCAAUCCUGCAUCUUACCUCACCAGAGGGACCGCAGCCCUUCAUCGUAGCCCUCCCGAGCCGCAAGAACAACACGAUCCCACUAUAUGUCUUUGUGCCGCCUGCACCCGUGCCGCUCGAGCGUGAAGAGGGCGUCAGAAUACCGGUCGAGAAUGGCGAGUGGAAGGUCCCGGUCGUGCUCGACUUUCACGGAGGCGGCUUUAUCAUGGGCAGCCCACUCGAGCAGGCUCCCUACGCGGCCAUGAUGGCGCGCGAGCUCGGUGCCGUGGUCAUCAGCGUGUCAUAUCGCAUCGGCCCGUUCCACCAAUUCCCAGCCGCCAUUCACGACGCGGAGGACGUACUCAGUGCGAUAUUGGACACCGACCAAGUAUCCAAGGCCAGCAAAGUGCUGCGGAACGAGAUCCAGCGAUACUUUGGCAUGACGAUUGAAGAGGUCAAGAAGAAGAAGAAAAAUAAGAAAAAGAAGAAGAAUGCACACGCCCUCAACGACAUCCAGAAAAUCACGCUCGACCCGUCGCGUCUCGCCAUCUCGGGCUUCUCGGCUGGAGGAAACAUUGCACUCAACAUGGCAAUCUGGGUUCCGCCUUGUCCGCAGCUUUUCAGCUCCCCAGCUACCGCCUCAGGCACCGGAGCACAAACUCCCGACAUUUCGCGAAGGCCGUCGCCAGCCGACACCUUUUCGCCGCUGCUACCACCCGUGCGCGCGCCUACUGUGCUCGACGACAUCUGCCAGCCGUGGCCAUCCAUGCUCCCGCCAGAGAAAGCACAGCCCCGGCUGCUACCACUGUUGCUCUUCUACCCCUCCCUCGACGCACGUCUGCUCCCCCACGAACGCCCGAUGAAAGACAUGCCGAGCGCCCUCAACCCCGACGACAAGAAACCACAGCAAACGCGGAUGCCAGGUCUCUUCUCCAUCAUGGGCCCAACGUACCUCCCCAAGAAGCUCCGCGCCCACCCGCGCGCAAGCCCCGGCCUUGUGGACCCGAAAAAUGUCCAAAAAAACGCCGCAAUCCUGCUAGUGCUCCCCGAGAAGGACACCCUCGCCGUGCAGAGCGACGUCUGGGUCGACAAAAUGAAUGGCAGCGGGUGGAAUGGUCCCGUGCGAUUCGGAGACGGCCGCGAUAAUGAUUGGAACGGACGCGAGGGCAAUGUGGGCGCUACGCCAAGCGGCACGAAUGGCGGGAUGGAAGUCUGGCACGCGCCUAAGUGCAGGCACGGAUGGACGCAGUUCCCAGUAGCGAUCCUCGGUAAGCACGAGAAGGAGGAAAGGAGGAAAGUGUUCGAGAGGACUCUAGACUUUGUCAAAGCGAACUGGAAGAAGACAUUGCCGACUGAGCAGCUGGGCAACAUGAAUCAAGAGUUGAGGCCCCUCGAUAUUCCUCCUGUGCAGGCAGACGAGGGGGCUUCUUCCGGGGCCGGCGCGGCCUCGUCAUCAUGA